CCUCCUUCCGGGAUGUUGGGCCGCCCACAGGAUCGAGGACAAAAACAAUCGUGCAUCCCUCUGACAGUGCUGCGCAAACAAGGAGGUCCAGGCGAAUUAAAAGAGCGGUUAGAUAUACUUAAACAGUUUUUGUCUUUCAGCCGACACGACAGCUUCGGGGGAGAAAUGGUGUCUCCGGUAACAGUGGUGAAGAGCGAAGGUCCCAAACUGGUGCCGUUCUUCAAGGCAACCUGUGUUUACUUCGUUCUGUGGCUGCCCACCUCGAGCCCUUCCUGGUUCAGUGCCCUCAUCAAAUGUCUGCCCAUCUUCUGCCUGUGGGUGUUUCUGCUGGCUCAUGGAUUCAGCUUCCUCGGUGCUCACUCCAGCGCCCGCAAGAUUCUGGCUGGUCUCAUCUUUUCAGCUCUGGGUGAUGCCUUUCUCAUCUGGCAGGAGCAGGGAUACUUCGUCCACGGUCUUCUCAUGUUCGCCAUCACCCACAUCCUGUAUUCAUCUGCCUUUGGGAUGAAGCCAACAAACGUGCGCGCUGGCCUGGUGAUCACUGCGGUGUCCGCCCUAUGCUACCUCCUGCUGUACCCCUACCUGUCCGGACCCUUCACCUACCUGGUGGCCGUCUACAUCGCUCUGAUUGGCUUCAUGGGCUGGAGAGCCAUCGCAGGGCUGCAGCUAGCCAACGACCUCUGGACCUGGACCAAGCUGUCGGCCUGCCUGGGCGCCGUGCUCUUCAUGGUCUCUGAUCUCACCAUCGCUGUCAACAAGUUCUGCUUUCCCGUGCCACACUCCCGAGCCAUCAUCAUGGCCACCUACUACGCCGCCCAGAUGCUCAUAGCUCUGUCCGCUGUUGAGUGCCAGGAUGCGGAGGUUUCCCGGAAGAGAACAUGAGGUGACACGGUCUCCAGGAAACACGAGGCUGGGGAGAUGUCUCCAACUCUGGCCUUGAGUGACCAUGGACACACCUCACUGCCAGAUCUCAAACCCCCAGCCUUCAUCUUGGUGUGGCGCUCCCACACAAUUGUUAACAUGGCAAAUGAUCUACUACACGACAAUCUCCCUGCUAUCCCACUAGUAUGGUAGUCUCAUAUGUAUCUCUUUAUAAAGAAGAUACUGUAGUAUUACUCCAGUCUCUCUCGAGUGCAAUCAAACCUUAAAAAAUGCUGUGUCUCAACCAAGUUAUUAAGAAGGCAAGUGUAGAAUUAAUAUCCUCCAAUAGAACGCAUUAAUUUACUUGCAACUAGGUUGAUUUAAGGGGAGCACGUUCCUGGGCACCUUCAAGUAGUGUGUAUGAGAGAGUGAUUUUCUGUGAGUGUGUGUUUGCAGUUUUGUGAUUGAUUUACACUGUUACCUCACUGUCCAUACAGUGCUUUGAUGCACAAUCUCCAUACAGAUGUAAAGCCACACAUUUGUACUUUCAGUGGUCCAUUAUGAUAAUUUACCAGUGCAUUUCUUGUUUUUGCUUUAGUCAUGUAAAUUCUUCCAAAAGGGAUAUUUUUUAUACCGUUGCCCUUAUAUGUGGCUGUAGGUCCCCCUUCACUAAGGGUGCUAAUCUAGGAGCUAAGGGCAUGUACAUACCUAUUUAAUUAAUUAUCUGCAGUACCUUUCAUUUUAAUUCGUAACAACCUCUCUUCCUUUUGUUAGAUAUGGUCUUUACACUCUGACUGAGUCUGCUUAAAUGAAGAGUAUUUUUUUUCUUCCUUUAAGACCCCUUUGAAUAACUAGAUGAAAAUAAGAUGAGCAGUACAUGUUGUUUUUGGAAGCUCAAUCCUUCAGUUUUAGGAUCUAAUUGGCCCUGCAGGUGCAACAUGUUUCAUCAUACAUGCAUCGCCUAUAGAAGUUACACCUUCAACAGCACCGUACCCUACACCAACACAUCAUGCUGGUUUAGUUAUUAGGCAGGUUCCUUGGGGGACUUGUUGUCUGACUCAAUCAGCUGACCCGUGCUGUUUAUGGUCGUGUUAUGAAAACAGAAAAAGAAAGGGCUUUGUCGCUGGCUGGACUCAUUUCGUUAAUAAACUCUGCCAGCAGAGUCUGCAACUGUGAAGGCAUUCACUCACUCGGAACGACGCGCACACAGAUUUACGCAACGCGUAAACAAAAAGGAGCGGGUAGGCUUGGCAGAAACAGGGAGACAAGAGAAAGCGUCUUGCCGUGCAAGGGAACAGUUAUCCCAUUAUUCCAGAUUCUUUCUUCACACAGGAAAUCUCUGAAAUGUCCUCUACAGCUUAUUCUCGGCAAGACAAAUCAUAGUUUUUUUUCCCCCUUCAUUCCCACUGUUGUUCCUUUUAAGUUACUUUAUUUUGAACUGUCCAACUGAACUAACUCUUCUGUUUUGCACGCCUUUUACAGUGUGAGUGUAUUCAUCUUAACUGUUGAGGGGCAGUCAGACUCAGCUCAAGUACUGCGACCCGACAGAUGAAGCAGACACACUGGGUAUGUUCAAGUAUUUGUAUAAAGACUCGUAACUCUCUCUUUUUACUCGCUCCUCUUUCUAACUGUAGUUGUGUUAUAUAAGUUACAGAAUCUGUCAGUUUUGAUUAGUUUUGGCUGAACAGAUCCAAACUCUGGACUUUACUUUUUCUGUUUCUGGACAUACUUUGCUUUAUGAUGCAGCGCCUUACUAUCUUGAAAUUUUCCAUAUUUACAACCACGAAUCUUGGAUAGAUUUUAUGUGACAGACUAGCACAAAGAAGGACAUAUCUACUGUAUGUCGUAAAAGUCUUCUAGCGUAUUUCUCUACCAGCUUUCUCUUCCUCGUUCGGAACGUCCAUUUUCUUACAACCGGUCUAAGAGGUUUUCUUCCAGAAUUAUCUUGAAUUUAACUCCCUCCAUCACCCUGUCCACCCGCAAUUUAGUUUAAGUUAAUUUCCUUGAGAGACAAAGUAUUUUUGAUUUAACUGAAUUAAAAUUUUUUGGGAGCUCAACCAAUAGUUGCCCUGUCAGGAGAUUCUCCGCACCUGCACAGUCAGCAUUUCAGAAGUCCUGAAAAAACUUGACUGAACUAAUAAGGGAUCACAUUUUGCCCUGUAAGAAUAUGCUUUAGGAACCGAGAGGAUUACAAAGACUGACAUGGAAUAACCUCCAUGCCUGUUUACGCUAUAAACAGGCAUGGAAAGUGAUUGCUCCUCAUUCUGGGUCAAUGACCCACAGAGUUGCCAGUAUCAUCAAAAACACACACGCACAUCAAAAUUUGUUUGCAUCACACGAGCCACUGAAACGAGAUCUGCAGACAGAUGCCAACAAUGAAAAUCACCAGUUCCCAGCAGCCAUUUUUGAUCACUGCUUUAUCAGACAGUUCCUCAAUCUCCUUUUGCCGUGUCAGUGCAUUUGUCAGCACUAAGGUUCUGCUUUGUCUGCUGAUCUCUUUCACUGCUCUGCACAUAUGAGCACUUGUCUUGUGUUCCAUGUUUUAAUUAAUCCUCCCGGCAUGGCAGAGUUCUUGCACAGAGUUUUCCACUCUGAUAAAAAUAAACCUUUGCGCUUAGAAGCUAUCAGAGGUCUACUAGAAGACAUGCAUUAGUCCGCCUGCUCCGUCCUCAUAAGAUAGAGUAAGUGGAGUGAAUAAAGAAGGGAAGUAGAGAAGAUGGAUAACACAGAUGAUUCUAGCGUACAGUCUCGAGUUGAACCAAGAGGGGGCUGGUAAUAUUAAGCCAGGCGGUCUUAUUUAUCCUCAGUGUGUGGGCAAUUUAUGUAAGCACUGCUUGUUUGUGCGGAGCCAGAAAAAAGCCGUCUGACUUUUGUUCCUUCUUCUGGAAUGGUCCCACGCCAGAUGCACGAUUCACUGAAGUAUCCCUAAAAUAUUCUUGAGGAAGCAUAUGUCUUUUGGAACAAGUAUUUUUAGAGCGUGUUGUAUAGUCAUGGUUGAGUUGUUCUGUUGAAAUCCUUUUCAUUGAGUCAUCAAAUGCGUUGGAAAAGUAUUAAAACCUCUUGAACCUUUUGACAUUUGUCAUAACAGCCACAAAGCUCAGUAUGUUUUGAUGGGAUUUUUGACGUGUUUGACAAACAGAAAGCUGUGCUGUUGGGAUUUAGUUGAAAAAGGAAGUGAUCACAAAUAAUCAGAAAAUUGUGCCAUCAACUUCUAUUCAACCCCAUCGGGUCAGUGCUUUGCUGCUGGUUAUUUGACGUAUGAAGGGAGAACGAGCCUCCUGCAGGACCCUCCAACUUGCCUUGUAGACUCCCAUUUUCUCCCAAGUUUGGAGAUACUCAUGCAAUUUAAAGUCUGCUUUAAAUUUCUCCACAUCUUUAUCCUUGACCUGUCCAGUCUUCUCCUCAAUCGCCAAGAUUUUCUCUAAUGUUUUCUGACAAACCUCCGAGACCUUCAGAUGCAAGAUCACUUUUCUAAUAUCACCUUUGAAGGCAGCUAACUGGAAUGGAUUUUAUAUUAGGGUGAAAGGGGCCAAAUGUAUAUGCUUACCACAUUUUGUAUAUUUUUUGUGGGAUCAAAAUGUAGAAAACCAAUUACGAUUCACCUUCACAGAAUCAUAACCUACUUUGUUUUGGUCUAUGACAUAUAAUAUGAAUAAAAUACUCUGGUGUCUUGUUGCAACAUGAAACGUGAACAUUUUUAUCAAGGUAAUAAAUCUUUUGCAAGGCACUGUAUAUUUGAUCGAGGCAGAAGUAACAAGAAGCUGUUUAUAGUACUGGAUCUCGCAUAUCAAACACCCUUUUUGUCUCCAGCUCAGCGUUGCAUAUGACCGUCCUUUGCCCCAGGAAUGUUAUUGUUGAGCGGCAUUUCACUUAGAAUAAGGCGAGCCGUUGAAAUAUGACACACAGCGGGAAGAGUCUCCCCCCAUCCAUCAGGUUAGCUCCCAUCCUGUUCCCCCACAGGUGGCAGACCAGCAGGCGCAUCACUUUACCCUGCUCUGUCAACAACGCUGUUGUUCUGAGCUUUUCAUGCACAGACAAAAGGAGACCUGGGAGAGUCUGAAUGCGUUUGGUCUGAGUUAAGCUGGAACCAAUUGCUGUUGCAUUAUAAAAAAUACGUGUUCUGAAAAAUGCUAUCCUUUGAGUUUCUAUUUCUCUUUUGUCUGUGUUUAAUCAAUUUUCUUGUAAUUUUUACUUUGAAAUAUUUGCUGUUAAUGCACUGUGCUCAUGACCAUCAGUGGGUGACAGUCGAUACAAUAAGCUGGAAAGUUUUUUUGUCUACUCCUGCAUGACAGAUUGAGUACAUUCUCCAUGUGAUUGAAGCAUUAAACACUCAGAGGUUUUAUGGUGAUAGUUCCCCACCAUCAGUACAGGUUUAUGAGAAGUAUCUAAAUUGUAUUCAAGCUGCUGUGUGCUGCACUUUUUUAUAUCUAGGGUAAGGCCAGCCAGUCUUUAAAACUUGAUCUUACAACAGACAUGUUUUUUUUCAGUACCUUAUCAAUUUCAAGUAUAAUCUACAUACUUUUUUUUUUAUUUUGCUAGAAAACAACUAAAAAAAGAAAAGUCAUUUUAAAAGAAUAUUUUUUUUUCUUUGAAGAAAAAAAAUAUUUUGAAGUGUUAUCAACCCUGAUGUGUACAACUUCCUUUAAAGUAUUAUCCUUUCAGUUCCAGAAAGUGAGAACCUAAAAUAUAAAUUUGGUCAUUUGUUUUUUGUGUACAACAAUAUUUAUUUCCACAAACAAACAAAACUAGUUAUCAAAGCUAAUAAACAUGCAUCAUUUCUUACAGUUUACUUAUUGUCCUUGAUUUUCACUUUGAGAUUGAUUUAUUAUUUUUUUCCCCCAUGACUGUGGAGAUUAUAUAAUUUGUUUGCUGUUGUGAAACUCUGCAAUGAAUGUGAAUAUCUGUUGGAGAAAUAAAUGCAAUUGCAAUGCAACUUCA